AUGCGCAGCGGCGGCGUGUUCAUGCCCAGGCUGCUGCUCCACGGCCUGCUGCGCUACCCUGCCGCGCAGAGGCCACUCCCUGGGGGCCCCACCAGCCGUACCUUGUCCCAGACGGCUUCCAGCAACGGGGUAGAGCUUUUCACCGAUCGGCACCAGGCGGACGCGUACGCGCGCUGGCGCCCCACCUACCCCCCUGCGCUGUACGCGGACCAGAUAUACCGGCGCGUGCAGGGCUUCGGCCUCGCCGUGGACGUGGCCACCGGCAGCGGCCAGGUCGCCGCGCAGCUGGCCAAGAAAUUCGAUCGCGUGGUUGCCACCGAUCCCAGCAGGCAGCAGCUCGAGCAGGCUCCUCGCCUUCCCAACGUCACAUACUCGGUUGGCACUGCAGAGAGUAUCGACCUUCCGCCCAGCAGUGCAGACCUGAUCACAGUUGGAAAUGGCCUGCAUUGGCUCGACCUGCCCAAGUUCUAUGCUGAGUGCAGACGGGUGUUGAAGCCCAGAGGCACUGUGGCAGCCUGGGGAUAUGGCCUGUUCAAAGUUCCCAGUCAUCCAAAAGCCACAGAAGCCCUCUUGAAACUCCACACAGUGACCCUAGGCCCAUACUGGGACAAAAGGAGAAAACUGUUGGACUCAGGAUACAAGGGAAUGGAGCCCGCACGCUCAGCAGAGUUUGAACAGGUUGAGCGUGAGACGAUGAUGAUGGAGAGUGACUCAUCAAUCCAUGCUGUGAUGGGCUACCUUGCAAGCUGGUCAUCAUAUGCGACAUACAAGAAGAUGCUUGGAGAUAAAGGCAAGGAUCCUCUGGUGGACUUCAAGGAGGAAUUUAUGGCCUCUUUGGGGGCAACAGAGGACAGCCAUGCAAUACACAUUGUCCGGCCCCUCUCCCUGAUAAUUGCUACAGGGCCUAAUAAGGGUAGGAGCUGA